AUGGAGUACUUCCAAAAGUUUCUUGACGGCCAUUUUAUUUUACCAUUUCUCUGCAUUUCGUCGAUCUCUGUUUUUACAAGGUUUCAUCCUUGCAUUUUAAUAGAACUCGAACAAGCGCCACCAUAUCUCCAACAAGAAUUUAAAAUAAUACGCGAUCUCGAUGAACAGGUUCAAAAUAUCACUUCUGAAGCGGCUACGAAGACAAACGAGCUCCUUCGAGUAGCUAAGAGCAUUUCCAAGGAUGAGCGAGUAAAGCGGCUUUCCGAAAUCCAGAAUCUCUACCAAAUCGCAGAGGAGUUAUCCAAUGACAAAGUCUCCCGAGCAGAAAGCAUAUAUGAACUUGUUGAUCGACAAAUUCAAAGACUAGAUGCUGAUAUGAUGGAAUUUAAGAAGGCAUCCGUUGUAAAAACUAUGAAGAAAUCUCGAAAGAAGGCUCUCUCCGUUGCUAAUGUUAAGAUGCCCGCAUCAGCAGCUUUCGUUUUGGCUCUAACGAACGAUCCGAAAAACAUCACAGACAUGCCAAUUGAUCCUAAUGAACCCACCUAUUGUAUAUGUGGUGAUGUUUCCUAUGGCGAAAUGGUGGCUUGUGAUAACAAGAACUGUCCAAUUGAAUGGUUCCACUUUGGGUGUGUUGGCCUCACCUCAAAGCCUAAAGGGGCCUGGUACUGCUCCCAGUGUUCUGAAGCCAACUGUAUCAUAAGCGAUGGCGCCACUACUCUCAAUCAUCAAUCAUGA